GAAGAAAGGUCCUUCACAGUAGAGAUUUUUGGAUUUUUGCUGCAGAUCUGAAAAUGAAACAAAGAGGCUGAAUCUUAGUUUUUAAUCUUUAGAAUAAAGGAACAAACAGCUGUUCUGAAAUCAUUUAACAUCAAACUCAAUCUUGAAUUAUGUAACCUCACCAGAGCUCACAGCCCGUCACGUGAUCAUAGAGACGACACGUCAUUGGAUACAUACAGGACGAUGUCAUGCUGAUGUCACACACACAAGGAGAGAGGAAGGCACGUGAGGGAGAAGGCAGGAGACAAGGAAAGGAAAGAAGGAGAGGAAAUAUAUAAGUGGGUCAUCUCUGAGACAGACAUGACCAACAGAGAGGAAGAAUCCACAGCUGGGGGGGUCACUGAGAGGAACCACGUUCCUGAGCUGGACUGAGGAGGACUCUGAGGGUUUCCAACUGGAGCAGCUCAGGUGAGUCCUGAAGCAUCAGACAGGUGUGAGGAGGAGUUCAGGGUCAAAGGUUGAGGAGAAGGACUCCAUCUGACAAACCAUCAGAUGACCUGGGGGGGGGGCUGAACCAAGGACAGAAGCAACACUCUGAGGAAGUUCUGGACCCGAGUGACUCGUCCUCUGAAGGGGGAGGUCAGCUGGAGACUCGGGGGGAGACUCUGAAGGAGAGAGAAAUCCCUGUACCGGAGAGGCUGACAGGUCUCGACACAGCUGGACCGUCUCUGUCGACUCUGAUUUCAUCAGGACUUUUAUUUUGUGUUUGUUUCACGAUCUGGACACUUCCUGCCUCUAGUGGUGAAAAUUCUCUCUGCAACAAAAAGUCUAUCCGAGCAUCAGGAGCUGUGUCAUCACAUGAUGUCACUGUGAUAAAACAUCAUGUGACGUCAUGGCAGCUAAUGUUGUCAUCAUCAUCAUCAUCAUGGAGGGGAUGAAGGAGGAGAACAAACAGCUGCACACAUCUGUUCACACAGGAAGAGCAACAUGGCUGCUCCUUUUCUGACAAAACCAGAAAUGAAAAACCAAAGAAAAGAACUUGUGACAUUUCAUUUUCUCCCUCUCUCCCCCUCUCUCCCCCUCUCCCCUCCCCCCUUCUUAGCAGCAGGGGGAGGAGUCAGCAGGGUGAGGAUGCUGCCAGGUUGCCGUGGUUUCAUCCUCUCGUUUCUUGUGGAGACUGUCGUUGGGGAUGUGUGUGUGUGCGACUGAAGAGUGUGAGGGUGUGUGAGUGUGUGUGUGAUUCUUACAGCCAAGAGGAUAUAUGACCACAGGACGGAAGAGAGGAAGAGAGGAGGAGAGGGAGGAGAGGGAGGACAGGAGGACAGAAGUGUUGAAGGGUGGAUGUGGAUUAACGUUGCUGCAGUGAGUCGUUUCCUCUGAGCUGCAGAGAUCUGUGAGGACGACAGGAAGCUUCAUCACUCCAUCUUUGUUUCUGCACAGAGAGGACAGAGGGAGGGAGGGAGACAGUGAAGGAGGGAAGGAGACAGUGAAGGAGGGAUGGAUGGAGUCUGAGUCCUCUCUGAUCCUCCGGUCUUUGGGAAAUCAUGACGUCUCAGGAGGAGGCAUCUUCCUUCAGGAGGUUUUUUCAGUACGUGGAGGACAGUGGGCUUCGAACAUAUGAUGGUCUGGUAAUCCAAAAUGCCUCGGACAUUGCCAGAGAGAGUGACCGCAUUCGUAACCAGACCAACUGGACCUACCUGCAGGAAAAACACCAGAAGAAGAGACGGCAGGAAGAAGCCAUCAAGAGGAUUGGUGAAGAUGUUGCCAUGGCAACAGAUGGGGCAUACUCCGGCAAACAUUUCCGGAUGGGUUUUAUGACAAUGCCAGCACCCCAGGAUCGCCUGCCCCCCCCGAGCCAGGGCUUCACUGUCCGAUCCCAGUCUCUCCACUCGGUGGGCGGAGGAGACGAUGACUCCAACCACAACAGAAAACAACCCCCACCCAAACCGAAGAGAGACCCCAACACCAAAUUGAGCAGCAGCUCUGAGACGGUGAAUGGAGGCUCAGGAGUCACCAGGAGAGACCACCAAGAGACCAAAGACAUGGUGGAGCAGGCAGAGGCUCGAUGCCCUCUCUACACUGAGGACUACAAGAAGAUGCCUCCACCUAAACCGAAGAGGAACCCAAACACUCAGCUCAGCACCUCCUUCGAUGAGUCCUACAUCCAUAACCAUGGUAACAAGAAGUCUUCCUUGCGUUGGGAUAAAUCAUCAUCCCAGAGUCAGAGUCCGGCGUCCAGAGACACAGACGACGAUGAGCCAGUUUAUAUUGAGAUGGUGGGAAACAUCCUGCGAGAGUUGAAAGGUCAGGAAGCGGCGGAGGACGAGCAGAGUGAGUCAGUGUAUGAGGAGAUGAAGUACCCGAUGUUGGAGGACUUCCUGCAGGACUCUCACUCUGCCAUCAUGGAUCCUGAAGCCUGGUCCCGCGGAUCUCUCUGCGAUAUCCCUCCGCCUUUCCCCAAUCUCCUAACUCACCGCCCGCCGCUGCUUGUCUUCCCCCCUGCCCCCGCUCAGUGCUCCCCCAACUCUGAUGAGUCCCCCCUCACGCCCUUAGAUGUCACCCGGCUGCCCAUGUUAGAAAACGUGUCCUACAGCAAAUCAGGUGGUGGUGAACAUCCACAGAGCUCCACUCACCACCGCAAAGAACGAGACCGAGACCGGGAUCGAGACCGGGACAGAGACCGGGAUAAAGACAGAGACUUGCCCUCCACACACACCAUCACAUCCUCUGGCCGCUCGUCAGCUCCACCUCUCCCCUCCAACCUGUACAAGUCAUCUGGGUCUGUCCAUGGUGGUCAUGGUUACCCCCGCAGCCAAUCAGCAUGUCCGUCUCCAGUCAGUAUGGGGCGCUCUCUUACCCCUCUGAGCCUGAAGAGGCCGCCGCCAUAUGACGCUUUGAUGGCUGGAGGAAGUAUGCCUCGCUCUUCAUCCUCAUCUUCAUCAUCUUCACACAGAGCAGGGGAGGGUGGAGCUAAACUCAGUAACUCCUCCUCCACCCAUGGCUCCAUGCAGAACGUGUCAAUGAGGUCUCAGACUCCAACAAGCCCAUUGGACGAACUCAACAACCUGUUCACUUCAGGUAGACAGGUAGUGAAGAGAGGCUCAGGGAGCAGGAAGAGCAGGGAGGGUGAAGGAGACUGCAGGUCUCUGCCCAGACAUGACAGCAAAGACAGAGAUUCACAAUCCAGUCCAGGCUCCAGUAGGAUGGGGAGGUCAUCAGUCAGCCCCACCAUGAUGCUGUCUGGAGGAGGAGGAGAAUCAAAGUCUGUUUGUAAACUCGGCCGUUCAGCCUCAACGUCAGGAGUUCCUUCACCUGGUGGGACACCACAGCGUCACCUGCAUGAAACGCAUCAUCCUGCCCUCAGCCAGAUGCCGUGGCUCUGCGGAGACGCCACCAUGAUGGAGAUGAUCGAGAAAAAAAGAGUUUUGUGUCGAGAGAUCAAAGCUCGUCAGCGGCCAGAGAAGAAUCUGUGUAAACAGGACAGUAUGCCCAUCCUGCCCAGCUGGAAGAGGAAACAACCACCGCCAUAUUCAGCCCCGCCCACCGCCACAGGACAGACCACCACGGUGUUCUGGGACACCGCCAUCUGAAAGACGGAUACAACACAGACCACCACAGAAACACUGAUGAUGAUGAUGAUGAUAAUAAUGAAACAGCCAUCAGGUCACACCCACCACACUGAUUUAAAAACACAUAUCGUUUCUUGCUGAUUUUCUCUCAUUGUUUGAUUGAUUGCAUCAGGAGUCAAUAAAGUUUGAUCAAAGUGACAAGAUACCAGUUCACUCCCUCUGUUAGAACUUACUACUGUUAAAAAAUCUAUAUACAAAAUCAAAUUUGAAAUCAACAGUCAUGAGAGUGUGAGUUUUAGUUUAUACUCUCAUUAAAGAAAAACAAAUAUGGAAGAAAUAUCAACCAAAUAUCCACAAGAUUCACAAUUUUAUCAACGUGUCUAGAAACAUUUAUAUUUCAAAUAAAUCCACUUCAAUAAACUGUCAGCUAAUCAAUGAAUGCAUUAAUCAUGUAUCUGAAUGUGGCAGUUUGUAUUUUAAUAUUUGUCUUUUUAAAAACUGUGAAUCAAACAAAUCUUACAAACUGUUUGAUGAAUGUAGAUCCAAAGUUGGAGACACUGUCAGAUAAAUGAUGUGAGAAAAUCAGCUCAGCAAGUUGAAAAUUCUCUAAAUAUGAAAAUCACUGAAAUAUUUCAGCCAACAGCAACAAUCAGCACACAUACACACAGGUGCAGGUGUUGUCCUGCUGUCCAAUCAGAGUGCAGGGAGGUGUGGCCAUACAGGUGUAGCAGGUAUGUCUUUCUACUCUUAUUUUUCUAUCUCACCAUUGUAAAAGAUUCAGAUGUUUUUUUUUUAAAUCUGACAGUCUGUAGCAGAACGCUGUAAAAAGAGAAAAAUAUUUAUAAAGUCUUCUGUGUGAAAAAACGACCUGAAUCUGUCGUCAAACGUUUUUAUAUUUAAAUUAAAUCUGUGACACUUGUCUUUGUGUGGAAGAAAAAACAGUGGCAAUGUUUUUAUAUUAAAAAAAAACUUUUAUUAUGAAGAAAAAGGCACUAUUUUAAAAUGAGAAUAUUUUAAUGAGUUGGUUUGUUUGGUCUUUUCCACUGUCCCUGAAACACAGACUGCAUUUAACUCAAAAUAAAAUCCUGAUUAUUCCACUUUAAGUGCAGUGCAGCUCCAUUUAAAAGUUAGUUGUUAGGUGUUUAACGCUGUGUUACUGUCAUCAUUUCAUUAGUCAGUGUGUGUGUUCAUUGAAUCAAAUGUCCAAUUGAAAUGUCUGAUGAUUGUAGACGAGUCCAGCUGACAUCAUGUCAAAGAUGUUUACAAGUCACAUUAAUUCAAUUCAAUUCAAUUCAAUUUUAUUUAUAUAGCGCCAUAUCACAACAAAAGUCACAUUACAUUUUAUGAAAUAAAUAAUACACAACCAAACACACACACUGUCUGUAACCCUAACUCUAACCCAACAACUGGAAGAGUUUAAUGUCAAAUACAGCAUCUGCUUUUUACAAAUGAAAAAUGUGAAUGUAAUAUAAAUAAUGAGACUGAGGUGUUGUUGAUUCAACUUAAUAUCUUCAGUUUCACUGAAGUGAGAUAUCUGGUGAAUUUAGUCAUGACAUGACCUUAAAGUAAUUAUUGAAAUUUAGUUCAGUUAACUCACCUUUUUAAAGCAGCAGAGGAACCUUUGUUUUCAACCUGAUGGUCACCUGAAUGUUAGAUGAAGGUCAGGUGGAGGUCACCUGAAGUUCAGGUGUGACAGUCUGUCUUUUCGGGACAGUGGAUGAUUGAUGGAUGUUUGCAGAGAUACCUUGAUGAAUGGACUGUAUUAAUGAUUAUAUGAAAGCUGAUUGAUAAGCAUGAUGUCAAAUCAAAGGUAACAUAAGACUACAGCAAAGCAUUCUGGAAUAUGAUGGUGAAACCUAAGUGAUUAAUGUAAAUCAGUCUAAAGCCACACACACUUAAACAGAGUUCAAUACACUCAAUACACAGUCUGAUCAUGUGAUCAAUAAGAGUUGAUCCCACAGUUGUGAUGAAGUUGAUUUUUGUUUGUUGUCUCAUUAAAUGUGAGAUCAGCUGUGAUCUCAGUUUCUGAAAUUUAAAUUCAUACAAACAGUUGACAUGAACAGCAGUUUAUAAAGCCUUCACACUGAUCAGAUGUUAUUACUCCUCAGACUGAUGAUCAAUAAGAUAUUAUUUAGACAUUCAUUCGUGCAGUGAGGACUGUUUGUGUGGACCAAUCAAAGAAAAAGUUUUUAUUUCUUCUGAUUAAAAUCAACAGUUUCAGCUGUUGAACAGGAAAAACAGAGGAGGUGAUGAUGCAACAAAAUCAUUAACAAACAUCAUUUUCAUAUUUAAUGUAAAAUGUGUCAGAUCAAAUUUAUUAUAUCAGUCAAUACAUAGAGAUCGAUCAUCAUUAUACAGCAGUCAGUCAGUCAACGUAAUAAAAUACUGUGGACGGAGUUCAGCACCUGUUCCAGGUAAUUUUAACGUCUUUCGUAGGAACCUUCUUACAUUUAAGAAAUUUUUCCUAAACUGUUCCUAAUUUCAAAGUGUUACAAACAAUGACAGAUUAAACGACACAACUGGAGAAACCAGAAACAACAUGUUUUAUUGUUAAUGUUCGUUUUUAAAACUUUGAUCAUGAACACUAAUGUUGUUUAUUAAGUGAUGUUUGAUGGAAAAUGAGUGAAAAUUUUCAAUUAGAAAAUAAAACUGAACACAAAUCAUCAUCAUCAGUUUGUGUCAGCAUCCUCCUCUUGUCUUCAUCUCUUCUGACUGAAAGUAUUUUCAGUUUCAUGACAGUGUGGACACCACAAGGUCUACAGGAAAUGUCUCACCUUUACCUUCACCUGUGCACAGGUGUAAAUAUGUUGACGUGUUUGCACUGUGAGAAACAGACAAGUCUUUAUUAUCAUUGAAUCUGAGAGAAAAAAACAAAAAAUCUGUUUGUUGUGACUCUGUUUUCAUCUUUAUGGGACAUGAUGACAGAAAUACAGUAAAUAUGGAUUUUAUUAAAC